AUGGCUCGCAUGUCUCAAUUGUCAAAGCGCUCAGUCGCGGGACUCCACGGCCAGCUAACGAAAGGCGGCGCACUCCAGAUGCGUCGCAUCGCAAAUGUCACCCGUAGGCCCUCUUUCCAGCGCACAGUCAACGCGCUCGCACUCGGCUCAGCAAUCGCAAGCCUCGCAGCAUACAGUUACUCGAAUCGCACACAUUCGGGCUGGAUUACCGGCCGGUAUUUGCACAAUGACAGCUCCACCAACACAGCCGAUUGGCCCCGGGGCCCCCCAACGAUAGAAGCACGCCAGCAAGCCAGGGACACCGGGGAGAAGGGCCAAUUCGGCAAGGAUGAAGGCAAGCCAGGGCAACAGCCUCCGCCGUCUCAGUCUCGGAUGGCCACAGAAAAGGGCGAGAAAGAGCAAACUGCCGAGUCUACCUGGGAUGGGAUCAUGAUGUCUAUUUCCUCCAUUCCAAACACGCUCUCUGCCUUUGGCGGGUCGCUUUCAGACUACCUGGUUCCGGACUGGGUCAAGAUACUGCCAGAAUUCAUGAACAAGCUCCAGACGGAGCUUUCAAUGGCGCCCGGGUCCCUGGCCGACGAGAUCUGGCAGGAGGCAAACGAUCCCGAGAUCAACCCCGAGAUCCUAUGGGAUGCGCGCGUCCGUAUAUCCCACGAGCUGUGCGAUGAGGAAAAGGCGUUCUUGCGGAAGCGUAAGUUGCGCGUGCGCCGCGCUCUCGCCCAGUAUCUAGGUAUGGAUGAGAAAGACAUUCACCCAGACGACGUGCCGACCAUUGCCAUGUGUGGGUCUGGAGGCGGCUUGAGGGCGCUGGUGGCCAGCUCAUCCUCAUACCUUUCCGCUCAAGAAGCGGGGCUGUUCGACUGCAUUACCUAUACUGCUGGGGUCAGUGGCAGCUGUUGGCUCCAAACCCUGUACUACUCUUCUAUUGCAGGGCAAAACCAUGAGCGACUGAUCAACCAUUUAAAGCAUCGACUUGGUGUGCAUAUUGCUUACCCUCCUCCGGCACUAUCCAUGAUAAACAGUGCUCCCACGAACAAGUUCCUUCUCAGCGGUGUCGUUGAGAAGUAUCGUGGUGUCCCGGGGGCGGAGUUUGGGAUAGUGGACAUCUACGGUCUUCUCCUUGCCGCACGCCUCAUGGUGCCGAAAGGAGAGUUGGACCUUGACGACCGUGAUUUGAAAGUUUCGAACCAGCGCCGGUUCGUCGAUGACGGCGCACACCCACUGCCCAUCUACACGGCUGUCAGACACGAAAUACCACACGACGAUGGCACUGCCCAGACGGAUAAUAAAGAUGACCAGAUGAAGGGGGGUUGGUUCCAAUGGUUCGAAUUUACACCGUAUGAGAUGUGGUGUGAAGAGCUCGCAGCCGGAAUUCCCACCUGGGCGGUCGGACGAGAAUUCAAAGAUGGCAAGGCCGUUUGGAGAGAGAACGGCCUCGCUCUCCCAGAACUUCGCGUGCCGUUGUUUUUGGGCAUCUGGGGCAGCGCUUUUUGCGCAACGCUUUCGCAUUACUACAAGGAACUUCGGCCAGCGAUGCAAGGGUUGGCUGGUUUCAUGGGAAUUGACCAGAUGAUCAUGGAGCGCGAUCACGACCUGGUCAAGAUGCAUCCCAUUGACCCUGCGGUUAUUCCUAAUUACGCCCUCGGAUUGCGCGAAUUGCUUCCUCAAUCAUGCCCGGAGAGCAUGUUCACCGCAUCCAACCUUCAGUUGAUGGAUGCUGGCAUGAGCAACAACCUACCUCUCUACCCGCUUCUCCGGCCAGGUCGCGACGUGGACAUUCUUAUAGCCUUUGACGCUUCGGCUGACGUCAAGACCGACAACUGGCUCAAAGUCGCAGAGGGUUACAGUAAGCAGCGAGGGAUUGUCGGCUGGCCCGUCGGUGCUGGUUGGCCGCCUGCAGACGAAACCAAGGAGCAGAUCGGCGAGGAGCUGAAGGCAGCACAGGCCGGGACAGAAGAGCAGGCGGCAGAGAGGCUUGCCGAAGCUCAAGAGAAGCAGCUCUUGGACGACGAGAAGGGUCCCAAGAAGGGAGGUCACGAUGAUCUGGGCUACUGCAACGUUUGGAUCGGCACGACAGGGCAAAGAGUAUCAGAGGAAGAACCGUCGCCAUCAACGGCCAAGCAAGUGCAGGAGGACUGGGAGCUCAUGAGGCCUGACGCAGGCAUCGCCGUCAUCUACUUCCCUUUCCUCGCGAAUCCCAAAGUCGAGGGAGUGGAUCCGCGCAAGUCCGACUUCAUGUCGACUUGGAAUUUUGUGUACACGCCAGAGGACAUUGAGAAGGUGGUGUCGCUGGCACGGGCGAACUUUGAGGAAGGCAAGGAGCAGACGAUGCGCACGGUCAGAGCCGUGUACGAGCGGAAGAAAGCCAAGAGGCUGGAGCGGGAGGCUGAGGACAGGGAGCGGCGGCGGCGGUGGAAGCUGAGGACGGGCCGGACUGGCAAAAAGCUUGGAGAGGGCGACCACGGCGACCAGUUCAGCUGA